AUGGCUCGUUUGGGUAGUUAUCUAAGGAUUAUUAUAUACACGAUAGCUUUUGGUAUGGGGAUCGAUUGUAAAGAUACUUAUCGCAGUAUUCAUUUUGGCCCUCCUAAGACAGUAGAAUUGCUGGUACAAGAAUCUGGUCGAAUUGGUAGGGAUGGAAAGCAGUGUAUUUCCUAUAUUUUACACAAUGGGCUGCUAAGUAGUCACUGUAAUGGCCAAAUGAAGCAGCUGAUGCAGACCCAAUCAUGUCGGCGAGAGUAUAUUGUAAGUCUGUUCUCUGUUACUAAUAAUAAAACAAGUGAGAAAAACUGCCUGUGUUGCGAUAACUGUGCUUUGCUUUGUCAAUGCAACAACUCAAUUCAAACAAUGGAAUUUGGAAAGAAUGCAGAUGUAAGGUCCUAUAGCAGUAUUCCAGCUAAAACAAGACCAGUGUCUGAUGCCCAGCGACAGGAACUGCAUCAGAAACUUUUAACCUAUAGAAAAACACUACUUCCAAAAAGUGUUACAGAAUUCAUGCCAGUUGGUGCUCCUAAUGUGUUUUUGAAUUUAGUCAGUUUCAAAUUAGUCUGGUUUUGAAUAACUGUGAACACCUGUUUACCCUGGCUGAUAUAUUGGAACAUGUUGAGAUUUGGCGACAUGUCCAUGCAAAUAAUGUUUUAUUUGCACUUCAUGACACAUUUGGUGACAUAAAUAAGGAUGAUAUUCCACUGUUAUUAGAAGAAGAAUUCCAGGAAAUCGAGGUCCUUGCUACAGAUUGGGAAUUUGUAAGAGAUGACUCAACUUUAAAUGACUUACAGAGCAGUGUGCUUAGUGACUUGGAAACCUCAGUGGAAAACAGUUUGGCAAAUUCUGUAACUAAUGAACAUAGCAUGAGUGAGAUAUUUUCCAGUUUGGCCAGUACUGCAGAG